AUGUUGGCGUACGAUUUCGGCGCUAAUCCGAUGCUCGGGCCACCGCUGUGUUUCGCUCUUCGCACCGUUAUUAUGAUUGUGAGUUACUGGUACUAUCUGGCCUACAUUCCGUGUUCUGGCCUGCAAGCCGUUGUGAUCCGGGCCAAUCCUGACCGUCCGAUCAUAUCUGGGAAAAUAAGAGUGGAUGAAGCACAGUUUGUUCAUCUAUUCUCUGCUUCCUCACGCGAUCGUUGCCGGGACGCCGCCCCUUCUCAUCGAACUCCACCUUCAAUCGGCCGGCGAGUUCAUCUACCACUCCACCUCCGGCCGAUCGAUCCUCUCCAUCUCGCCCAUCUGCAUCCCGUCACCCUCCUCCAUCCCGGCCUCAUCUUCUUACCGACGCGAACGCUGCCCAAUGCUAACUCCACCACCACCGGCACACCAAGGAAAGGGGUUUUCUCCCUCUGGUCAUCCCCAUCGCGCAUCUCCUUCCUCUUCUCAUCUUCCUUCCACGAUAAGCCUUCAAGCUUCCAACAGCAGCUCCACCACAUCUCUUCCAUAUCCGCUCUUCGAUCUAUGAGUUCUUGGGCUUUCCCAGCUUCGUAUUCGAUCUGGACAGCUAUCUUCUUCAUCCAUCUUCGAUCCAGCAGCCUUCUCUUCUUCGCCAAGUCUGCAGCAAUUCCCUUCACCACCAGACAGCUUCAUAUGCACCUCACAGAAAUUGGGAUACCAAGAGCAAAUGUUGCAUUAGCCACAACAACCAAGAGCAAAUGUUGCAUUCAAAACCAUCUUUUAAUCUUUUGAUUGUCUCAACAAAAUUGGUUGGUUCGUUAAUAUGUACAAGCGAAGCAAUUUCUCUCAUCGAGUUCGAAGACAGGGAGGGUCGUGAUAGACAAUGUAAUAUAAAAAUUAGAUUACUUAUGGUAAGAUUUAAAAAUUUGUAUAGUUGUUUAUAGUUUGAUUAUUGGUCAAAUUUAUUUGGAUAAUGUAAAUAUUUAUUUAUUUUAAUGUUAAUUGUAUGAUACAUUUGGAAUUA